CUCAAACUAUUAUUUGGUGGUCGGUUAUUUAGGAUUCCUAGAAUCUAAAGAAAGUAAAAUUGAAAAAAUAAAAUUGAAAGUUUUUACAUUUAUAAUAAUUGAAUAAAUAUUUAUUUAAAAAAUCAAAUAAAAAUGAAAGUAUUUUGUUUCCUAAUUUUAUCACUUAUCGCUAUUGUCUACGCUGAAGACAAAUACACAACUAAAUAUGAUAAUGUUAAUUUAGAAGAUAUCUUAUCCAGUGAUCGAUUAUUACGUAAUUAUGUGAAAUGUUUGAAAGGUACAGGAAAAUGUACACCCGAUGGUGCAGAAUUGAAACGUUUAUUACCAGAAGCAUUAGAAACAGAAUGCGCCAAAUGUUCUGAAAAGCAACGAGAAGGUUCACACAAAGUCAUCAGUCAUUUAAUUAACAAAAAACCACAAUUAUGGAAAGAAUUAGAAGAAAAAUACGAUCCAACUGGAAAAUUCCGAGUAAAAUAUGAAAAAGAAUAUCGUUCAUUACAAUCAUAAGAAUAAUUUUAAUGUUAAAAGACUUUUAUUUUAAAUAUUUUUGUUAUUAUUGUAAAAUUUCAUAAAAGAAAAGAAAACUUGAGAUAUCAUACUUGAUCCCUAUAUAAGAAUAAAGGUAAUGAUUUUGUUAAAAACAUUUGAGCAACAAAAAUUUACUAUGUAAUGUACACAUAACCUGUACCUGUAAUAAGAAUAAUAAUAUAUUUUUAAUUGAAAAAGUG